GGCCCGAGCGGAGCAGCAAAGCCGAGAUGCUGGACCUGGUGGUGCUGGAGCAGCUGCUGGCCCUGCUGCCCCCGGAGCUGUCGGGCUGGCUGAGGGAGUGCGGGACGGAGAGCUGCGCCCAGGCGGUGGCCCUGGCCGAAGGCUGCCUCCUCCGCCCCGCAGCCGCCCCGCAGCCCGGAAAGGGGCGGCAGGUACAGGAGCCAUUCGCAAGAGAGAUCUCAGCAGAGCUCCAGGAAAGAGAUGAAUCCAAUCCCUCUCAACAGCUUCAUUUCAGGAGGAUCCAAUUCGGGCCAUCUUGCCAGGGCUCUUCUCUCUUUGAAGAGGUGACUGUAGACUUCACAGAGGAGGAGUGGGCACUGCUGGAUUCUGGCCAGAAGGCCUUGUGCAGAGAAGUCAUGCUGGAGAUUUUUAGGAAUAUGGCCGCUCUGGGUGACAGGCUGGAGAAUGACAAUGAGAAACAGAUGAGGUUAAUGCCUAUGGAAACAGCAAACCUUCAAGUAGAAGAAGUGAUUUUUGACCAUCAACAGGAUGCAAGCCCCCAAGAAAAACGCUACUCAGAAGAUCAGGGGGCGAGAUCUUCCACUUAUCUUCCUACUGAAAUCCAGCAAGACCAGAAAGGGAAGCAAAAGGGAAAAUACAGCAAAAGGGAGAAAAAUGAAUUCGAUUUAGCUGAAUACGGCAGAAGCCAGGCCAAAGGAAAACCAUAUGACUACAGACAGUAUGCAAAAUCCAUCAAUCCUUCUUUCUCUCUUUCUUUACCUAAGAAACUGUACAGGAAACAUGAGCCAAAUAUAUUUGUAAAAUUUGGAAAGUGUUUCAGUGUGAGCAGAGACACGAAGCUCUGUGUGAAGUGUGGAAAGAACUUCAGUAGCAACAGUACACUUAAUCGUCACCAGAAGAUCCACACAGGAGAGAAACCGUAUAAAUGCACGGACUGUGGAAAAAGCUUUUCUCGAAACACACAGUUUAUUCAUCACAAAAGGAUUCAUACAGGGGAAAGACCAUAUAAAUGCCUGGAGUGUGGAAAGAGCUUUAUUGCAAACAAAAAUUUUACUCGGCACCAAAGGAUCCACAUAAAAGAGAGACCAUAUAAAUGCAUAGAAUGUGGAAAGGGCUUUAUCGACAGCAGAGACCUUAGUCACCACCAAAGAAUCCACAGAGAGGAGAGACCAUAUAAAUGUACAGAGUGUGGAAAAAGCUUUAAUCACUACAGAACCUUUACUCGUCAUGAAAAAAUACACACCAGAAAGGAUCAAUAUAAAUGCAUAGAGUGUGGCAAGAGCUUUAGUAACUCUAGUACUUUUACUAUUCACAAAAGGAUCCAUGCAGGUGAGAAACCAUACAAAUGCUUAGAGUGUGGAAAAAGUUUUAGCCGGAAAGGACAUCUUAAUCGUCAUGAAAAGACUCACACGGGGCAGAAACUUUAUAAAUGUAUAGAAUGUGGAAAGAGCUUCAGUACUAACGGUAAUCUGGCUCGCCAUCAGAAGAUCCACACAGCUGAAAAAACAUAUAGUUGCAAGGAGUGUGGAAAGACAUUCGCUGAGAGUAGUGAUAUUAUUUCCCAUCAAAGAAUCCACACAGGGGAGAGACCAUAUAAAUGCCUAGAUUGCGGAAAGAGUUUUUUUGACAACGGUGGCCUUACUCGACAUCAAAGGGUCCACACAACGGAUAGACGGCAUGAAUGCUUGGAGUGUGGAAAGACCUUUAUUGAGAGCACAAAUUUUACUCGGCACCAAAAGAUGCACGCAGGAGAGAGACCAUAUAAAUGCAUGGAGUGUGGAAAGAGCUUUAUUCGCAAUUGUGAACUUACCUUCCACCAAAGGUUGCACACAGGGGAAAGACCAUAUAAAUGCCUGGAGUGUGGGAAAAGCUUUCGUCGGAAUACAGAACUUAUUUAUCAUAAGAGGACCCACACUGGGGAAAGACCAUAUAAAUGCAUACAGUGUGGAAGAGCCUUUACUAGAAAAGGACAUCUUACUUAUCAUGAAAGUAUCCAUACAGGGGAGAAACCAUUUCAAUGUACAGAAUGUGGAAAGAGCUUUGCUCAGAAAGGACAACUGACUUCUCAUGAGAGAAUCCACACAGGAGAGAGACCAUAUAAAUGCUUAGAGUGUGGAAAACAUUUUCAUUGGAGCAGACAACUUAUUCAACAUGCAAGGAUCCAUACUGGGGAGAGACCAUACAAGUGCAUGGAGUGUGGAAAGCAAUUUACUCAGAAAAGUCAUCUUAUUAAUCAUGAAAGAAUCCAUACAGGGGAGAGACCAUAUAAAUGCACAGAGUGUGGAAAAAGCUUUGCUCGGACAGGACAACUUAAUUCUCAUAAAAGGACGCACACAAGAGACCAUAUAAAUCCAUUGUAGUGUGGAGAAAGCUCCAAUAAUCACAAGACAUUUACCCACGAAAGAAUCCAAAGUGCGGGAAAUCCAUAUAAAUUCAUGGUGUGUUGAAAGAGUUUUCACAACAA